AUGUUGGAGAAGAUUGGAUUGCCUCCAAAGCCAUCAAUGAGAGGGAAUAAUUGGGUAGUUGACGCCACACAUUGCCAAGGAUGUUCUUCUCAGUUCACUUUCAUCAAUCGCAAGCAUCACUGCCGUAGGUGUGGGGGCUUGUUUUGCAGCAGCUGUACCCAGCAAAGAAUGGUGUUACGUGGACAAGGUGAUUCACCAGUUCGCAUCUGUGAACCCUGUAAAAAACUAGAAGAGGCAGCACGCUUUGAAAUGCGCCAUGGGCACAAGAAUAGAACUGGAAGAGGUACUCUUUUUAAGAUUCAAUUGCUGUUUGAGGUCGUACACUUAAGUGCCGAUGUGGUUCUGAUUUUUUUUUUCACCUGGGAAUACAGAAGGUUAUUGGAAAUAUUGGAGUGUGGUUCAAAAGCUGCAUCUAUGUAUGAUGAUGAAGCUUUAAACCAGAUUCUAGGUGGUUCAAAAGCUGCAUCUAUGUAUGAUGAUGAAGCUUUAAACCAGAUUCUAGGUAAUGACGGGAACAAAUCAUUUUCAUCGGGACGAGAGUCGACCAACGACAUGUUUUCCAGUAUUCAACGAGCAAAAAGCAAUGCUUCAUGUUCCAAUAUUCAAGCUGUCACCACUCAUGAUGAGGGAGGAGAUAUACUGAAAAGUCUCUCUGUUGAGGAGCCUUAUCAUUUGCUGACUGAGAUGGGUUCUUCUACUCCUGAAGACUUGCGACAACAAGCUCUGGAUGAAAAGAACAAGUAUAAACUACUAAAAGCAGAAGGAAAAUCUGAAGAAGCUCUAAGAGCCUUUAAAAGGGGAAAAGAACUUGAAAGGCAAGCUGGAGCUUUGGAUAUUUAUCUAAGAAAAAGUCGUAAAAAGGCUUUGUCUGCCAGCAACAUGACUGAGAUCCAAGAAAAUAAAGAUGAUGUUGGGGAAUAUGGCAGGAAAAAUAAGCUCUCUUCUCAAAAGACUAAAGAAAAGGAUGACAUUGCUGCUGAACUCAGAGACCUGGGGUGGUCUGAUCUUGAUCUUCAUGAUGCGGAUAAAAAACCAAGAAGCGUGAGUUUGGAGGGUGAGCUUUCUACUCUUUUCGGAGAGCUCUCUCAAAAAGCUAAUGCCGAAAAGGGAACUCAUGGCAUUGACAAGUCCCAGAUUAUGGUUCAUAAAAAAAGAGCUCUUGCUUUGAAGCGUGAAGGAAACCUAGCUGAAGCCAAGGAAGAAUUAAAGAGGGCUAAAGUUCUUGAAAAGCAAAUUGAGGAACAGGAAUUCCUUGCUGCCGCCGAAGAUUCUGAUGAAGAGUUCUCGGCUUUGUUACGUAGUAUAGACUCUGAUAAACAGGAUGAGCUGUCGAGUGGGUAUGGACCAAACACUAACUUUGAUUUUGAUCACCUAGUGGGCAUUGCUGAUGAUCUUGGUGUAGAUAGUAAUUUCGAAGUGGCUGAUGACGAUAUGGAUGACCCAGAAAUCGCCGCUGCCUUGACAUCAUUAGGUUGGCCUGACGACACCAAUCAACCUAUGGACACUGAGCCCCAGUUUGUUUCUAUUGAUAGGGAAGCACUGUUAAGCGAAAUUCAAUCUUUGAAAAGAGAAGCUCUGAACCAAAAAAGGGCAGGUAACACUGUCAAUGCAGUGUCACUGCUAAAGAAGGCAAAAAUACUUGAGAGAGACCUUGACAGCUCUGAUUCCCAAGGAACUAAAUUGAUGGCACACACUUCUGCCAUGGUUCAGGAAGGUUCAGUUUCUCAAUCUGCAGAAAAACCAUCAGAGAUUAAUCCGGUGGAUGUCAAUAAUGUCAUUGGAACAAAAGAUAAGAGCACUAAAUUGGCACCAAGGAGUAAAUUAAUGAUUCAAAAAGAGCUUCUGAACCUUAAAAAGAGGGCUCUUGCUUUGAGGAGGGAGGGUAGAUUAGAUGAGGCAGAUGAAGAACUGAAGAAAGGGAAGGUUCUUGAGCAGCAGCUUGAAGAGAUAAAUAAUGUUUCAAAUGUGAAAGUUACACAGGUGAAUAUUAACAGUACAGCUCUGGAUAUUGGUGAUGAUAAAGGGGAUGUCACAGAUCAAGACAUGCGUGAUCCAACAUAUCUUUCUCUUUUAAAGAAUUUGGGUUGGAAGGAAGAAGAUAAUGAAGUCAUUCCAUCCCAGCCUUCUGUGCAGACAAAUGAUUCCUCUGUUACUGGAGCCUCCACUGUUAUCCAAGUUGGGUCAUCUAGAAGAAGUAAAGGUGAAAUUCAGAGGGAACUCUUAGGUUUGAAAAGAAAGUCUCUUGUUCUUAGACGCCAAGGCGAGGUUGAUGGGGCAGAGGAAGUUCUUAAAAUGGCAAGAUUAUUAGAGGCUCAAUUGGCAGAGAUUGAAGCACCAAAAAUGAAGGAAGCUCCAUCUGAAUCCAGUGAACACCGCAAAAAUGCAACGCUUGAUUAUUCCCAAAAAAACGGAGUUGACGAAGGCGAUGAAAGUAUUUUAUUACCGGAAGAUAUGCAUGAUCCAGCACUUCUCUCAAUGCUCAAGAAUAUAGGAUGGAAAGAUGAAGUUGAAAAUGUGGCCAUGCAAGCAAAUCCUAUGGGACAAGUUUCCAGCAAUCCCGUACCUUCUGAUGUAUCCUUGACUGGCUACACUCCUGAAAUUUCAGGUGCAGCAUCAAAAAGAAGUAAAGCAGAAAUCCAAAAGGAACUCUUGUCUUUGAAAAGAAAGGCCCUUGCCCAUAGACGGAAAGGAGAAACUGAAGAGGCAGAGGAAGUGCUGAGGAUGACAAAGAUUUUGGAGGUCCAAAUGGAAGAACUUCAAGCCCCAAAGAAUCUGCCGGUGUCUGAUGCUUCCAAGCAUGAGGAAGCUGAGUUUGGUCCUGUAAUUAGUAAUGAAAAUAACGGAAAUUUGAAGGACAUAGUGGACUUAAAUAAAGGGACUAUACAAGCACCAAUACAGCCAAAUAAUAAGGUGGUUGUGUUACCUGAGGCUUUGGGACGGAAGGAAAGUAACUCGGCUAAGCCUUCAAGGAGUUCUGAUAGUUCAGUUCCUGAAUUUCCCAUGAUAUUUGAAGACCAUCAGCAGCUAUUAGUAGACUUGGGUCCUCCAGUUGAGAUGAAAACUGCAGGAAACACUGGCGCUGUUCCUCCAACAGGUCAGUCUGCAAACAUAAUGGAUUUGCUUACUGGCGAUUCGUGGGGUAGUUCUCAGACAUCACUUCAAAAUAUAGACGACAAACGGAAUUUCAGUUCUGUUGGUUCCACUUUUGCUAAUGUCCCUGGUCAGAUGGAUUCCCAAAGGAGUCCCCCAGAAGAUUUUGGAAGCAAACAAAAGGCUCUGCGUGAGAAAAGAGAAGCAAACUUUCAAGAAAAUAAGAAGCCACAAAUUGAUGAAUCAAACUCUGCUCGGGUGAGUAUUCCUCUGUCUGAUCGAAGUUCCAUUCAGCAAGAUAUACUGGCUCGUAAGAAGAAAGCAGUCAGUCUGAAGAGAGAGGGGAAAUUGGCAGAAGCUAAGGAGGAACUUCGUCAGGCAAAGCUUUUAGAGAAAUGUCAGGAAGAAAACAAUUCCCUGCCUGCCACAGCUUCUAGUGAUGUAUCGAGUUCUAAUGUAGUCUCUGUUGUACAGAAAGAGCAGGGUUUGAAGUCGGCUCCAAAGCCAUUGUCUAGUCGCGAUCGUUUCAAGUUGCAACAGGAGUCUCUAAGCCACAAACGCCAGGCACUUAAGUUGCGUAGGGAAGGUCGAACAGAAGAAGCAGAAGCAGAGUUUGAGUUGGCUAAAGCUCUUGAAAGUCAGUUGGAAGAGUUGGCUGCACAUGACAUGAAAUCUUCUUCCAAUGCAGCUGAACCAGCAGAUGAUGUCGGUGUCGAGGAUUUUCUCGAUCCUCAACUUUUGUCUGCUCUGAAAGCAAUUGGUUUGGAUGAUGACACCUCUGGAUCCCGAGGCCCAGAAAGGACAGAGUCAGUGAAACCAAUCACUAGUAAGAUUGAUAAUUCUAGUGAAGAGAGAAUACAACUGGAAGAACAGAUCAAGGCAGAGAAGGUAAAAGCAGUGAACUUGAAACGUUCUGGAAAGCAAGCUGAGGCCUUAGAUGCUCUUAGGCGGGCUAAACUGUAUGAAAAGAAGUUAAAAUCGUUGGCUUCAUAGGCUUCUUCCUUAUAGUUGAGCAUCUUUCAAGUACAAUCUGUAAAGCUCAGGUAUGCUAGCGCAUGAAAAAGAUAUGAAAUAGUAAUAAUUAUGCAAUAACCUGCUUGGAAGAUGCAUAUCAAAUGGAAACAUGUAUGAUUUUAAAUUGCUACAUUCUUUAUACAACAUAAAAUGAAGUUAUGAUUGUGUUGAAGCUACGUCUUUUUUCCUCCCUUUGCUGUUAAGUAGGGAUGCUGAAAUACAACAUUGAUGAGGAAAUGUAAUCUGUGAGGUAAGGAUGUUUAAGGAAUGAAGGAGAAAAUCUUAGAGCUGCAUUGUGCCUCUGUGGUUG